GCAGCACUGGGCCGCACCGUGUGUGUACAUACAACAAGCGAAAAGUCUGCAACACACAAUAGACGGAGUUUUUUUGUUGUUGCGGUGUAGAAGACGAAUGAAAUCGUAAGGCAGUGGUUUUGCUUGCAAUAAAGAUAUAAAUCCACCAUCACGUACGCGCUGUGCAGCAGUGUGUCGGUGCAAAAACACACACCGCAAACAACGAUUUGCCGCCAUCCGCUUGUGCACCAUACAGCAUUGUGCCCGCCAUCGAUCAGUGCGUCCCGGUGUUGGUGUGUUUUUGUUGGGGCUAGUCCAACCAUCGUUGUCCAUUGUUUUGUGUGCAAAACCCGCGCGUUCUCGGUUCUCGGGCGCGGCAUUAUUUUCUUUUCUGUUGUUAGCCAUUUGGCUAAGCUCGUGUGUAUGCGUGUGUAUGUGUGUGCAGCGUUAAGGCGUCCCUGGUGUGUCGGUGCGGUGUCCCAAAGCUAUACACACAGCCAAACACAGGCACCGAUCCGGGGCCGGGUGCAGUUGUUUACGCCUGAUGCACACAGCACUGCUAGGUUAGUGUGCGCGUGUUUGCCGAGCGGGAGAAAUGCUGGGAAAGCUACUCCCGGUGCAGUAAAGGUGACAAAACAUUAGUACCGAAAGUUGUGAACAAUUUGGCGGGUGUGAAGCGCAAGAAAUUCCCAAUGUCAGUGUGUACGUUGGUGAGCAGUUUGUUUCGGCUUGGCAUGGUGAGAUGGUGUACGUCCAUUUGCACGGCGUAAAGCAAACAAAACGCAAGCAGCAUCGGUCAAACGGCAGCAAAAGCGCCAAGCUGCAUCAAACCGGCAGGACGAUCUGGGACGCAUCACCAGAACCUUCGCUAAUCACAAUGAGGUGCGGUUUGGAGUAGGUGUCCAGUUUACAUUGAUAUCCUGGACAGGUGAUAGAGAGAGAGAAAACAACAAGAAGGAAAAGGGGGGAAAAACCACCCACACACACAUACACACGAAGCAGUGAAACAAUUACAAAAAGCAUCCGACACAUCAACUUGUGAGCAAUCAUCCCCUUCAGCUCACCUCAACCGUCACCCUAUACCCCGCUCCCGACCCCCACCUUCCCCUCAACCACCAUUACAUUUAUUGGUAAGGCAAGGGGCUGCUAUCAACUGGGGGACAAAAUCAACCACCAUCAUACCAUCCUGUACGCGCGACCUUCUAUUGAGCUUUAGUUGAUGAAAACGCGCGCGAGCUUACCGGACCGGCAUAAUGAGUAAUGUACGCUGCAACGAGCCGUCAACGACGGCGACCACUUCCCUCGCUACGAAGGACACGGAAGCGGAUACCGGACCAUCGAUUGCGCCGGUUCCACAACAGCCAACGGUGCAAUCGACCAAUAAUAAAGGUACACCCUGCCGGAUCAAUGGUGUGAAGGGGUACCAGAAUCGUACCAACAGUAUUAUCUACUGUCCGCCAUUGUUGCGUGGCAAUACACCGAAAGACAAAUGCAAUGCCGUCGUUUACUUUGGCGGCGAUGUGCAGGAUAUCCCGGAAAAGAUGGAAUCGAACCGGGAUAAUAAGAACUACAUCAAAUGGAAUCUGGAGAAUACGGCACUGCUGCUACGGGAAUCGUUCCCCCAGUCGCACAUCGUUGUGGUGCGCCCGAUGCGAAUGGAGUAUAGCACGUUCAGCUGCUUUGACAACUUUGUGCGGGGCAAUAAUGCCGGCAUACCGGACCACACGCCGAUGCACUACUCGUUGCAGCAUCUGGAGGAGCUGCUGAUAAAUCUUACGAAAAAGCUAACGAAACCUAUCCUGGAUCAGGACUUCCUGCAUAAGCUGCUGAGCGCUUCCAGCACCAAGGGUUACGGUAGUGACGUACCGUGCAAACAGAGCAAUGUCGAUAUACUGCAGAGCAAUAUCUACGACGGACCCGGUAACGAUGCGACCGAACCGGACCUGGCCGAACUGUUGUGGUGGCGUGAAAAUUUAAACCUCGACAAGGCGAGCCUGAAGCUGAUCGGCUUUAGCAAAGGGUGUGUGGUGCUGAAUCAGUUCAUCUACGAGUUUCACUACUACAAAACGCUCACCCCGGACGACAGCACAAUGAUGCGGUUGGUGUCGCGCAUCAGCGACAUGUACUGGUUGGACGGUGGGCAUGGCGGCGGUAAGAACACCUGGAUCACCUCCCGCAGCCUGCUGGAGACGCUCUGCCGGCUGUGCAUCAAUGUGCACGUGCACGUUACACCAUAUCAGAUCCAGGACGAUCACCGUCCGUGGAUACGCAAGGAGGAGAAAGCGUUUACCGAUCUGCUGAAGCGGCUCGGUGCCGCCUUCGAUCGUCACAUGUACCCGAGCGAAGCGAAUUCCACCAACCUGUACACGCACUUUGACGUGCUGAACCGAUUUCGGCAGCAUCAGAUCAGUUUGUUCUCGCAGCAGCUGCACCAAACGGUGCAGCAGCAACAGGUCCCGCUGGUACAGCAGCAGCACACCGGUACCGGUAACUAUCCGCGACCACCGCCGGACGGUAAUGAUGAGCCGGGCAGCGAUAAUGCCGGCCAGGACGAGUAUACCACGGUCGGUGGUGAAACUACCAUCGGCAAGGAUGCAACGCUCGAGGGCGAAGGUAUCGGCGGUGUGGUGGAGGACGAAGAUGUACCGAUGCCGGCAGUUACUGCGAUGGAAACCGGUGACGAACACGGUGAUAACAGCAUGCACGACAACUGACAAUCGGAACGCGAUUGUAUGAACUUCAUUUCCGUAUUCAUUUAGAGCAGACUAAGUUUCCUUUCACACCGUAAACACACACACACGGUAACACUCGCACAUCCACUACUGGUAUGCCAUGUUAGAUUUUACCGGUGCGCAUUCCCCAUCAUUGUACCGUACACUUGCUCUCUCACUCACUCUCUCCCUUUCCCUCGCUUCCUCUGUCGCUCUCGCAUGCACAAACACACACACGUGGGCGCAUGCAAAAAAAAAACCCACAAACAACGUGGAUAGGACUCGUACUGUCUAGACUUAAAUAGCAUUUCAGGCGAAUAGCAAUAGUGAGCAGUGCACGAUCAUCCGUUCGCUAACUGCUACAAUCAAAUUCGGCGGUAUAGUAUUGUAAUGAAAUGGGCCGGUCCCAUAAUAAUGCAGUCGGCAAACGCACAGUUUUCAGUAAAACCUACCAGAGAUCCGGGUUUGCAUAUCCUCGAACGUGGUCCGACCUUACCGAGCAGGGUCAAAAAAGGAAAUAAGAUCUUCAUCCCGCCCUGCAAGGUUGGUUCCAGAUAAGAAGCAAGCGCAUUUAUGAAACCACCAUCUACGUACGAUCCGUUAAUGUUUCCACUGUCGUGAUUAUUUGAUAUUACCUAUUAGACGUAGCAUUAGGAAUGUGCAAUAUAAGAAACGAUGGUGCAAAACACGCGACUCAGCAAGGACAGCAAGCAUGUUCGCGUGUGUGUGCUGUGUUCGUGUAAGGAUAGAAAGGAUGGGAAGGAGCAAUGAGCAAGCAUUAGGGUAUCGUAUUAAAUACAAUAAUAUGCUAACAUUAGUUACAAAUCGAAUAGCUGCUUUAGCUGUGUUACCGUUGCCAGUUCGGUCGGUAGUGGUAAUUAUAAAGGCGGAAGAUAAUAUUUCCCAAACAAUAAUUCCUCGCGUAUUUUCAAACAAUAAUUUAAAAAAACGAACAAUUGUAUGUGCGUGAGCGAGUGUGGGCGUGUGAUAUAUAAAUAUUAGUGUGUGUGUGUAUGUGUGGCAGUAUACGUUUUUAUCGUACUUUGUAGUUGGGCGGGAGACGGGUGAAGGGAGAAGGGGGAGGAGGGUUAGGGAGGAAUUUCUUUUUAACUGAAGUAUGCGCUGCUCAAUUUGAUUGUAAAUUUGUCCGUACUGUAGGCUCUCUUUUUAUUUUAAAGAAGAACAAACAAACAAAACUAAAAGCUCUUAUAAAUCCCCUGCGCCCGCUCCAAAUUUCGGUCAUCCCAUUUUGGAAAGGUCCACUCGUGGUGGACAUUUGAUUUUACAUCCUUUUAAUUAUAAUAAUAAAUAUAUAUUUUAAUUAUA